AUGAGUGAAGAUGAAUACCACAAGGUUUCGAAUGAAACCCUGGAUGCGUUGGUAGAGAAGUUGGAGGCCUAUGUAGAAGAUAAGGAUGUUGAGGGCGGCGACGUAGAGUACUCGCAAGGCGUGCUGACGGUCAAGCUGGGCAAGUACGGAACGUUUGUCAUCAACAAGCAAACUCCCAACCGCCAAAUUUGGUUGUCAUCACCCGUGAGUGGCCCGUUUCGCUUCGACUACGUGAACGGGCGCUGGAACUACAACCGCGACGGGAGAGAUCUGGUCAGACAACUUGAGCAGGAAAUCGGUGCGCUUGUUGGAACAGCGUUACAUCUGGAGUAA